UUGCGUUCAUUUUUCUUUUCAAAAACACCCAAAUCAACCCCAUACCAGUCACAAUGGCCCCCGUCACUGCUCGUGGUCGCAAGGCCCAGAAGGUCACCCAGAAGUUCGUCAUCAACGCUUCGCAGCCCGCGAGCGACAAGAUCUUCGACGUCUCUGCCUUCGAGAAGUUCCUCCACGACCGCAUCAAGGUCGAGGGCCGUGUCGGCAACCUCGGUGACAAGGUCGUCAUCUCCCAGACCGGUGACGGCAAGGUCGAGGUUGUUGCUCACAUUCCCUUCUCUGGUCGCUACCUCAAGUACCUGACCAAGAAGUUCCUCAAGAAGCAGCAGCUCCGUGACUGGCUCCGCGUCGUCUCCACCUCCAAGGGUGUCUACGAACUCCGCUUCUACAACGUCGUCAACGACGAGGCUGAGGAGGACGAGGAGUAAAUUACUCCGCUCGAGACGAACGACAAUCUACGAUCAUGAUCCGUGCUCGGUCCAUUUAAGGGGUUUCCAUGAAAAGACGGGAGCAAGGCUGGGUCUUGGUUGGGGUAUAGAUGAGCUCUUGUGAGGAAAUGCUUUUCCUGCGCUGCGCUGGUCGGUCCGCGUAUUGCCUGUGAUAAGGCAUUGUUGGAUUGGUCAGUGCGGUGUUUCUACUCAUGACGUUACGAAUGGUAGAUAUAAUGGAGCAGUCUUUUACCC